CAUUGGCGUUUGGUUAAAUCGAUGGAGCCAAACAUUUACACAAAGGAAAACGUUCGUUUUCGCCAAAGUAACAACUUGACAUAACAUUAUAAUUAUCAAGUUGAAGAUAUUAUUUAAACUAUGAAACGUGUGUACGUAUAUAAGGACAGAAGCGAGGAAAAUGGCAAAGUUAUCGCCGUCGAGGAGACUAUGGAAAGUUUAAAAUCACAAGUGAUAAAACACUUUCAAAUGAAGGAGGAAAACGUAAGGUUGUACACUGCAAACGGUUGUGAAUUACUUGACGUGCGAGUCGUGAGGGAUGAGGAAAAACUAUACAUUAACGUAGAAAUUAAAAAUGCUGGCGAUAAAAUCGAUGUAGCUAUGAAAAAAAUGGACUUGAGUGACAAAUCUAAGUCUGUAUCUGAUUGGAUUACCUUAAAUGUUGGUGGCCAGCACUUUACUACUUCGCGGUCGACUCUGCUUGCAAAAGAGCCACUUUCCAUGCUGGCCAGGAUGUUUGCAGAUGAUAAUAAUAUGUAUUUAAUGAACCCUAGUAUAACAGAUUCUACUGGUGCCUACCUAAUAGACAGGAGUCCAGUGUAUUUCGAACCUAUACUUAACUAUUUGAGGCAUGGCAAUGUAAUAUUAGACAAGCAUGUUAAUCCUAAAGGUGUGAUUGAGGAAGCUAUAUUUUAUGGGAUAGAAUCAAUGAUCCCACAUCUAAGUAAACUGGUAGAUGAGCCCAACAGCAGUAGUGGCAGUGACCGACCAUUAACAAGGAUGGAUGUCGCAAGAUCCAUAAUCAUGACACCAACUAAUUCUGAACUGAGAUUCCAAGGAGUCAACCUAGCAGGAGCAGAUUUAAAUAGGUUGGACUUGAAGUACAUUAAUUUUAAGUAUGCUUGCCUGUCCAGGUGCAAUCUCAGUGGGGCGAACUUAUCCCACUGUUGUUUGGAGAGAGCUGAUUUAUCCCAUGCUAACUUAGAGGGCACUCAACUACUUGGAGUCAAGGCUUUGUGUGCAAAUAUGGAAGGUGCAAAUUUAAAAGGUUGUAACAUGGAAGAUCCUGCAGGGUCAAGGGCUGUUUUGGAAGGAGUAAAUUUAAAAGGUGCUAAUCUAGAAGGUAGCAACAUGGCUGGUGUGAACUUAAGAGUGGCCACUCUAAAAAAUGCUAACUUACAAAACUGUGAUCUCAGAGCAGCAGUGCUUGCUGGAGCCGAUUUGGAGUGUUGUGACUUAUCCGGCAGCGACCUUCACGAAGCUAAUCUGCGCGGUGCUAAUCUCAAAGAUGCUGCGUUCGAGCUUAUGCUGACACCGCUUCACAUGUCCCAAACUAUCAGAUAAUUUGGUACUUCAAACAUAUUUAUUCUAUUUAAAAUCAUUUAAUGAUAUCAGUAUUAUGUAACCUUGUGUCAAAACUAUUGGAAUAUAUCAUGAAAUUUAAACUUCUUAUUUCUAAUAUUAUUGUGAUUAAUAAAAUGUUUUCAAUUUAA